GAAUGGGAGGAUUGCAAGAACAGAGAGGGAAUGGAUGCUGCUGCUGCUGGGACUGAGUGAUGAAGCAAAUGAUAGAAUUAUAGAAGCCAUGAAGAGUUUCUGGAAAAGAUGUGGUGUGCAAGAAAUAGGGAAUUGGAAGAUUUGUAAUGGAUACUGCUUGUGUUUUUUAUUUUUACAGGGUGUGCCGAUACGAAGGCUGACUCUCCAAUGGGUACAGCAAGAGCAAGAGCAAGAUCAGCUGGGCCCGGCAGACGAAGUUGAAGCGUGCCAUGGCGGGCGGCUGGAGGGUUGCUCGGCUGGCGGUGCUGGCGGGGCGGUGCUGUGCCACGCCCACGACCCUGCCACCACGCCCACGGCUAUCCAGGGACAACGCCCACCUCGCAGCGGCGCCGGGGAGGGGACACUUCAGGCUGGGCGGCGGAUUUGUGGCAUUGCAAUCCCUCUCAGGCACACUCAGGGCGAGGGGGGGGAUAGAGUUUACCGCCUCCUGCCACAGCGGUGUGAAUGGCGGUGCUCGGUCGCCCUCCCCUAAGGUCACGCCAGACCCUAGAGUGGCUGUGGAGUCCGGCCUUACCGAGCUGAGGAUGAAGCAGGAGAGGCUGGGGCAUUUAAACCUAUCGGACGUGCAUCAGGUAGUGGCCUCCAUGGAGCGAUGUUCCGAGCAGCUCACGGACGCAGACUGCCUCAGCCUCCUCCAGUACUGCUGCAGGAUGGCCGAGGAAGAGUACCGCCCCUGUGGCUCCCUGGUGCAGCGAGUCUGGGCCCUCACCACCCACAGGAAGAGUGGGCAGUUGACCCUCGAACACCUGGAGCUGUACCUUCACCUGUGCCUUGCUGUCGAAUCCACCAGUAUGUCUAAGAAGGAUAUCUUUGACGUGAUGGAGGAGCACCAGCUUGAGCCGAGUGCCGGGGUGUUUGAGGAUCUGAUGAUGGCCCUGGGGCAGCGUGGCCAUCUGACGGAGGCCCUGCAAGUGCUGGCGGCCAUGAAGGAGAGGGACGUGCCGGUCAGGGAGGCCACGUUUGCUGCUCUCAUCCUGGCCUAUGGGGCGGAUCGGGACUGGGAGGGCGUGCAGGGUGUGCUGGACGCCAUGAAGAGUGUGCAGGUGGCCCUGUCUGAGGUGACCUUCGGGGCGUUGGCCUCCGUGUUUGCCAUGCUGGGCCAGAUGGUCCGGCUGAAGCAGGUGGUGUCCCAGGCCAGUGAGGAGGGCAAGCCACUCUCCUCAGGCCAGCUGGAGGCCGUCCUGAUGGCCCUCAUACACGCCAACAACGCCGGGGACCAAUUCAAGAACAUCGACCUGAUGCUGCGGCUGGUGGAGGAGUGUGGCAUGAAGGUGGAUGUGUCUCGUAUGGCGCUGCGGCUGAUCCACCGAGGCCACGUGAGAGAAGCCGUGCACCUGUUCCUCUCCCUCCCGGCCCUGCGCACCAACAACCACCUCUACUCAAACGCAUCCGUCUACCUGCGAGAGAUUGUACAUGCGAGGAUGGACCCGGCACUGAUUGUGGAGGUGUGCCAACGACUACGGGAGGAGGACAUCAACCGCUAUGCCCUGCAAGUGGCCCUGGAGUACGCCCUCAAGGGUCGGUGGGAGGAGCUGGCCUGGGUGCUACUGAGGGCCAUGAAGGAGGCCGGUGAGCCCCUCAGAGAGCACUACUUCUGGCCGCUGCUGCACCUCAAGACCAUCAACCUGGAGCCGGCCAAGCUAUUGGGCUGUGUGGAGGCGAUGCUGGAGCUCGGCGAGACUCCCUGCUUUGAGACUCUCCGUGACCACAUCAUCCCCGGCCUGAGCCUCAGCCAGCCCAGACUCACCCUCCAGAUGCUGCAGAACACCGGCCUCUCCGCCACCGCCGCCGCCACGCCCCUGCUGGUGGUGCUGGUCAAGAACAACAUGAUGGAACACGCUCUCAAGUUUGCCAAGGAGACCAAUGCACCACUGAACCUGAGGGACAUCAUCGGCACUCUGGCACCUGCUUGGCACUCCAACACCAAGAGCAUUGUGACCCUGCUGGCACUGCUUAUACAUAGACAGCAGAAGGAGGCGGUGAGUGUGAACGAGGCCGAUUGGGGCGGCCAGUUUCUCCUCAGCCUGGCGGCCACACGCUCUGGGCUGGCCGUGCAUCACAUCCGCCCCCUCUUCCAGGAGAUGAAGAAGCAGCGCAUCGGUGUGUCAGAGCGCUCGGCGGACCUGCUCGUGAACCGCCUGAAUCUGCCGCUACAGGAAGCCGUGCGUGCGUCCCUGCCCCUGGUGCUGAGGGCGGAGCUGGGAUGCCCGCCCCUGGAGAUGAACAACCACAUUCCACACCCUCGCAACAUGAGUGCGGUCCAGCUGGAGGGUCACCUGGAGGAGCUCCGUGCCAAAGGACUCAACACACGCGGGUCGCUGCGUCGCCUGCUGCUGCAACGCGCUGCCAAGAACGACACGGCCGGGGUGAUGGAGCUCAUGAAGAGUGCCUCGGAGGAAGGUCAGGAGAUGAGCCCUGGCAUGCUGUCGGGGGUGCUGGGGGCAUACAUGAGCCAGGGCCACACCCAGGCCGCCGUGGAUAUGUUCGGCCGCCUCAGGACAGAACACCCGGCCUUCACGUUAGACUCCUACAAGGUGGUGGACCUGUGCACACUCCUCACCCAGAACGGACGGGUGGCAGAGGCGAUGGACAUCCUCGAGAACUACAUCAUGGAGUGUUCUGGCGGGAAGAAAAUCGACCCCAAAAAUAUCCGACGAAACUGCCAAAACCUACUCCUGGCGUCGGCAAGCAGAGGCGACCCCAAGGAGACGGAGAAGCUGCUGGAGCUGCUGGUGCUUGGGGGCCUCGCGGUGCCCAACAACCUCAGUCUGGGCGCCCUUGUGAAGAGCCGCCUCCUCGGCGGGGACUUGAAGGGGGCGGUGGAGGAGUCCAGGAGGAUAUACGAGCGCUACAAGUGUCUGCCCAUGCGCCUGGAACUCCUCAUCCACCUCAUCAACAACUACCACAAUGCAGCCAGUGAAAGUGAGUCUGUGGCCUCUUGUCAGCUGCUGGACGAUAUGCUGGGACUCAUCGCUGAAGUGAGGGGGUCCGUGUCAGCCCGCCACGACCUGUUCUUCGCCCAUGUGGAGGGAGGCAGACCUGUCGGGGCCGGGAAGGUGCUGAAGAACCUUGGCCGGGAGCUUGACCGGCGGCGAGUGAAGAGCCAGCUGGAGUAUUACGUCAAGAAUGAGAACGAGGCGGCGAUGGUCAACUUCCUCUCGGCCUCACGGGGAGUGGGUGCCAUUGACCGCCAGGCAGCCUACUCGGCCCUCCUCAACAUUUACUACGUGCAGAGCGAGGGUGAGAAGGGCCUGUCGCUGUGGACCGCCAUGCAGGAGGAAGGCCUCACCGCCUCCCCGGCCUUCCUCUCCACGCUGGCGGCGCUCCUCACUGCCUGCGAGAUGAAGAUUCCAUUUCAGGUUUGACAUGUCGCGGCUUGAGCGGUGCGCCCACGCCGGGGAGGAGUGUCCCUGAAGGAAAGCCAAGCAGGUCAUGCAUCAUCGUGUGCAUCAGAGCAGCACUGGAAGAGUUGUACAGCAUUUAGAUUUUGUACAGACAUUAUUUUAUUCAUGUACUGUGUAUAUAUCUGUAAUAAAACAAGAUUUUGC